GUGGAUAGCAUAACCACACCCGCAACAGGUAACCACACCCACCCCAAUUUCCACUCCUAGUGUUGACUGUGGAGUCCUCUCAUGAAAUGCAUAUCCAUAUUCCAAUCUUAUUUUAUUUUAGAAAUGACAUGUACAAACGAAAGAUAUUCCACCAAAGGCUCGCCUGGGGGAUCACAUGACCAUCUGGGGACUUGAACAAGAUGGAAGAUUUCGGUUAAAGUCAGCCUAUGCACUUACAGCAGAGACGGAGGAAGUCAACGAGCUGGAAUCGGAUCAAAAUUGGGCGCAACUAUGGAAAUGGAAAGGCCCGAGUAGAAUCAAGCACUUCAUUUGGCUUUUUCAACAUGAUAGACUGAUGACAAACCAGGAGAGGGCAAGAAGGAAAAUCACUGACAAUAGCAGCUGCAACAGAUGCAAGGACAAUGAAGAAUCAAUCGUUCGUAUCUUGAGGGACUGUGGUAAAGCGAGGGUUGUAUGGAACAACUUCAAGGACACGAUUCAGGUCAAAAGCCACAUGUUGCCUUUUAAGGAGUGGAUGCUGAACAACCUGCUAACUGAAGAGAGAGGCGUUCAUUUUGGGAUUUUCUGUUGGAACCUUUGGAAACAACGCAACGAAGAAGUCAUGAAAACAAGAUUUAUAAUGCAAUUGGCCUCACUUGCAGGAUUCAUGCUUGGUUCAAAAUUUUGGAGGAGGUUGAAAAAUGGGUCAAAAUGACUACGAUCUCAGCUAAGAGCACCAAGACUAAGACGCAGAUUGCCUGGAAACCCCCUGAAGAAGGUUGGGUUCAAGUACAAUCUGAUGGUUCUUUCCUUCCACUUAUUGGGAGAGCAGCAGCAGGGGGCCUUAUCCGGGAUCACUUGGGGAGGUGCAUGAAAGCAUACACCUACAACCUCGGAUCGUGCUCAAUCACGGCUACAGAACUCAAAGUUGCAGCAAAAGGCCUCAGGCUUGCGUGGAAUGCAGGUUACAAGAAAGUGGAGCUGAAAAUGGACUUGACGACAACCAUUGCAAUCAUUCGCAACUGUGAAGAUGAAGAUCACAUACAUGGACACAUGGCUUCUACCUUUUGUGAACUGUUUAAUCUUAAUUGCGUUGUGAAUGUAUUCCAUGUUUAUAGGGAAGCAAACUGUGCGGCUGAUUUUCUAGCCAAUUUAGGCUUCUCAUAUUCUUUUGGCACACAUCUCUCCUAUGUAUGCGACCCAGGGCUUAGGCACUGGCCGAUCCACGAUGUACUGGACACGUCCCAGGAUCAGAUUGUCUCUUUAAUGAUUUAGGAGCACAUGCGUCACUCUUUCUACCCAAAAAAAAAAGACAUUCCGAAGACUCAAUGGAUACUUUUGUAAUAUGAAUCAUGGAUAACUGAAAUAAACCGUUGAUGUAACA